UUCGACGGCGCUAUCUAAUACACUUCCAUUUUGUUCAUUUUUCAUCAAUUCCUUCGUUAUCUUUCUUUUUCAUCAAUGCAGACGGUGCCGCAGCUUAUUGAUUUCGCGGAAUUUGUGUAAUUUUCCAUCUACUCAAUUUGCUUAUUUGCAUUCAACUCCAAUUUACAAUGAGAAGCGGAAGAACAAAUUAUAUUCUGACUUCAAGGGAGGAGGCCAGCCAACAUCGAAAAAUUAUACCCGAUAUGUGACGCGUCAAAAACGAGCUGAUUCAAAGAAGGCACUUUGGAGUCUCCUCUCUAACUAUGGGGAGUCAGGAACUUCUUUUCAGAGAAAUCAACCUUCAGUUACUGAGACUGCGAAAAAAACCCUCACUUACGGAGAUUUUCCGGAGAAAUCAACCUUCAAUCACUUUCGUGGUGUGAGAAUAAAACUACUGGGGAUGAAAGAUGAACAGAAAUUGCAUGGAGCAAGUAACCAGGAUCUCAACAGUGGUGAGAAAUCGAAAAGCUCCACAAAUAAAGGCCGUUCGAAGUCAGACCGUUCUCAAAAGAUCCACAACCAUAGAAUGAGACGUAAGUUUCGAAAAGGUUAUCUGUCAGAAGACGAUGAUGAUCAUCCUGAACCUCUAUUUCAAGCUUCUUUUGGAAAUAAAUGGUAUUCAUGGUCGAGGGAAGGAACUUCUCAAAGAUCAACUCCUGGAUUUGACUGGAGAGAUUCUUUUCACCAUACAAGUUAUCGUCAAAAAGAAUGGAAAACAGCAAAUGAACCUGAUUCUGAAGAUGAGGUUUUUAAUGUAGGAUUACGUUCAGACAGAGCUGUCCUUGGUCUGCCACAAAAUGGUCCUCUGACGUUGAAAGAUGUGAAAAAUGCUUUUCACUUGUCGGCGCUGAAGUGGCAUCCUGAUAAACAUCAAGGAUCUUUACAGGCAGCAGCUGAAGAAAAAUUCAAACUGUGCGUCAACGCUUAUAAAUCGUUGUGUAGUGCAGUGUCUGAAAUCUGAAGCAGGAAAAACACUUCAAGAUCUCUAUUUAGGUUAUUUUUCUAGUUAUUAUUUACAGUAAUUUCUACGACCUUUGUUUAUAAAAUAAGGGGGUUAAGGAGUACUGCGUAUAUAUUUAUAUUUAAUUCUUGUUGUCAAACACAAACCCUGUUAACAUUAUUUUCUGUCAUAGUACUGUAAAACAGAUCAUUUGAACAAUGUAGUUUCUGUAGUAUGAUUGUUCAUAUGAAUAUGUUGACAAAUUAGUUAUCAAAGUAAAUGUUUUUCCGCAAAA